GACAGCCUCUCUGACAGUUGGGGCUCGUCUCAUCACAACAUCAUCAGGGCGUUUCAGGCAACGCGUUGAGACACGGUAGCAGUCCCUCUUAUCUUGGAAUUGGUCCUCCCCGAACAGUUCCGUUGCAUACAGACGACAUGAAAUGUUGAUGUUGUAAAAAUGAACAAACCCAAAAUGGCCACAGAGAAAGGUGUUCCCAGUAACUCCAGGGUGCUGAUGCUCCUGGGCCAACUGGAGAGGAUGAACGGAGAGGCCAUGGUGAGGGAUGUUGAAAUGGCAAGACAGGUCACUGCAAAGAUACUUCAUCUCAUACAGACACAAGAGAAGAGCGGAAAAGAGGUGAUGUCGAAAGGCUCCAGCGGCAUGGAGGUCAUCCUGGCAUCACUGGAGAGCUCCCGGGAUGUCCAGACCACUCUGAACAUUCUGUACAUUCUCAGUGAGCUGCUGACUGUGGGCAGAGGUCGCAGGGUGGGGGUAUUUGUGUCUAAAGGAGGAACAGGGAUAUUAUUCCAGAUUCUGAUCACUGCCAGUAAAGAGUUGCCUCCCAGUGAGGAACUCAUGCUGCAGCUUCACUCACUGCUGGCCAAGGUUGGCCCAAAAGACAGAAAGUUCGGAGUGAGGGCGCGUUUGAGUGGAGCUCUGAAUGUCACGGUCAACUUAAUGAAACAAAACCUACAGAACAGCAAACUGCUUCUUCCCUGCCUGCAGGUUCUCAGGGUUUACUCCAGUAACUUGGUGAAUGCUAUUUCUUUGGGCAAGAACGGAGUGGUGGAACUGAUGUUCAAAAUCGUCUCGCCAUAUAGCAAGAAGAACACCAGCCUGCUGAAAGUUGCCCUGGAUGCACUGGGAGCACUGCUUAAAUCCAAAACUAAUGCCCGCCGGGCAGUCGAUGGCGGACACGUCUCCGUCUUGCUGGCUCUGUACCUGGACUGGCAUCGCAAUGACACUCGGCAUCGCCACAUGCUGAUUCGCAAAGGGCUGCUGGUCUGCCUCAGGAACAUCACCAACAUCAAGCUUGGCAGGAAAGCUUUCAUUGAAGCUGAUGGCAUGAGGAUCCUCUACAACUCAUCCACUGAGUGUCUCCCGGUGCGGACUCUGGAUCCUCUGAUCAACACUUCCAGUCUCAUUAUGAGGAAGUGUUUUCCUAAGAACCGCCUGCCUCUGCCCACCAUCAAAUCAGCCUUCCACUACCAGCUGCCACACGUACCUGCUGCAGGGCCUGUGGCACAGCUGUACAGCCAGCCACCUGGGGUGGAUGAUGUGGUGGACGAAAGUGACGACAACGAGGAGAUGGACGCAGACACAGACAACGAUACAGAGAAUGAAGAGGAUGAGAAGGAUCAAUUCUCUGCGAAUGACGACAUAGAGACGGACCUAAACAAGCUACAUCCCAAAAAAAGCCCUGGACGUCCUUUUGAGGAGUUGAGGGUCUAUGAGAGGUUCUUCUUGGAGCUUUCCGAAGACUUCCAGGGUUAUAACUUUGAAUGCUCAAAGAGUGCCUCUACCACAUCUUCAUCAUCAUCCUUCUCCUCCUCAUCGGCCUCAGCUCAAUCCACUCGGCCGAUCAUAGUGCCCACAGCUCAAGCCCUGUCCCCGAAGCACGUCCCCGUACUGAGCUCUCAGGAGGAUUGCACUCCUACCAAAGGAAAAAACACUCUGCUGUCUCCUUCUGCGCCAACUCACACUCCCCCUGCUCCUCUAACUCCUCUAGAACUGGACACCAUCCACCUCACCAAGGACCAAGACAAAAAAGAGGAGGGCUACAUUCCUUCCCCCGACACGCAUACGACGUCGUCCUCCCUCACCAGGCCUCCUUCUCAAGGACAGAUGAUAGAACAGCAACUAGCUCAUGUGCUGGAGUGUGUCUCUCUGGAAGAGGAGGGAGUUAUGAACGAGGAAGAGGGAGGAGGAAGGGGAGCCAAACAGGACGGAUCCCCAGUCAAUGCCACGAGACACAUACAGUCUCCUCUGCUCUUGGGGGGUAUCGCUACUCGCCGUGUGGGAGGAGGAGGCAGUAACUGGGGUUCAGAUUGUGGCUCCGAGGGCACUGAGGAUGAGGGAGGAGAAGGAGCAGUUCUAGAGGUGCCAGACACGGCGCUGCUCCUCCCGCUGCAUGACCCUGACAUUUACGUGGAGAUGGUGAAGGGAACACAGUCUGUACCCCAGUACGCUGAAGUGGCUUACCCAGACUACUUUGGCCAUGUAGCCCCAACAUUUAGGGAACCCCUCCUGGAGAGAAUUUACGGUGUCCAGAGGUCUAAGAUAUUCCAGGACAUCGAGAGGUUGAUUCAUCCUAAUGAUAUCCUGGAUAAAGUCGUUUAUGACCUGGACAUUCCGAGUUGUCCUGUGAUUGAAGACAACGGAGAAUCUCUGAAGUUCAACUCUCAGUUUGAGUCUGGCAACCUCAGGAAGGCAGUUCAAGUUAGGAAAUAUGAGUAUGACCUUGUGCUGAAUGCAGACAUCAACAGUAAUCACUACCACCAGUGGUUCUAUUUUGAGGUGAGCGGCAUGCGUGUUGGAACUACCUACCGCUUCAACAUCAUCAACUGUGAGAAGUCAAACAGCCAGUUCAACUACGGCAUGCAGGUGCUGAUGUACUCUGUGCAGGAGGCGAUCAGCGGCAGGCCUCGCUGGGUCAGAACAGGAACAGACAUCUGUUACUACAAGAAUCAUUUUGCGAGGAGUUCCAUUGCAGCUGGUGGUCAGAAAGGAAAAUCCUAUUAUACACUGACCUUCAGCACAAGCUUCAGCCAUAAGGAUGAUGUCUGCUACUUUGCCUAUCAUUACCCCUACACAUACUCCACUCUCAAGAUGCACCUGUCCAAGCUGGAGGCUCUGAGGACCCCUCAGAUCUACCUGAGACAGGACAUCCUUUGUGAAACUCUGGGGGGAAACAGCUGCCCCCUUGUCACCAUCACUGCCAUGCCGGAGUCCAACGCCAAUGAUCACAUCUGUCAGUUCAGGAAUCGUCCAUUGAUCUUCCUGUCGGCCAGAGUACACCCUGGAGAGACUAACGCCAGCUGGGUAAUGAAGGGCACGCUGGAGUUCCUUAUGGGCACCAGCCCGCUUGCAACCAGCCUGAGAGAGGCCUACAUCUUCAAGAUAGUCCCCAUGCUCAACCCUGAUGGAGUUAUAAAUGGAAAUCAUCGUUGUUCUCUGAGUGGAGAGGAUUUGAAUCGCCAGUGGCAGAACCCCAAUCCUGAGCUCCACCCCACGAUCUACCACACUAAGAGCCUGCUGCAGUACCUUGCACACUUACAAAGGGCACCACUGGUGUUUUGCGACUACCAUGGUCAUUCCAGAAAGAAGAACGUGUUCAUGUACGGCUGCAGCGUGAAAGAGACUGUGUGGCAGUCCAGCAUCAGCGCUACGUCCAGUGACUUACAGGAGGACCUUGCAUACAGGGCGCUUCCUAAGAUCCUGUCCCAGAUCGCCCCAGCCUUCAGCAUGGCGAGCUGUAGUUUUGUUGUGGAGCGCUCCAAAGAGUCAACCGCCCGCGUUGUUGUAUGGCGUGAGAUCGGAGUACAGCGCAGCUACACCAUGGAGAGCACGCUCUGUGGCUGUGACCAGGGCAAAUAUAAAGGUCUUCAGAUCGGCACCAAAGAGCUGGAGGAGAUGGGAGCUCAGUUCUGUGUGGCCCUACUGAGGCUGAAGAGGCUGACGGGGCUCCACAACCACCAACACCUGCUGGAUUUGGAGAAUGACAUCAUGGGGACGCAGUCUAAAGUGGUCAGCAGCAGUUGCACCACCUAUGUGUUGGAGGAGGACGAGCCGUCCUUUCUGGAGGCGAUAGACUACAGCGCAGAGAGCAACGAUGAGGACGCCGAGCCGGAAAAUGAGCACGGCGGCGAAGUCCACGACAAUCCCGAUCACCACGACCACCUGUCGGACUCGGAGACAAAUAACAGGGACUAACGCUGCGGAGUUCAUCUCCAUCUUCAAAACCAGCCGCUGCUGGGAUUGCUAGCUGAUCUAAAUUUGAAGGUAAACUAGUCAGAACCCACACCUCUCACUUUGAUUGUUAAAUAGAUACCUUAGAUUUACACUUGACCCUAUUAUACAGUCACUUCAAUGGUAAGUAGGCUACAUUACCGACACACGGGUGCUCUUUUCCCAACUGUGUUGCUCCUAACGGUGCGUACUCCACCUGCCUUUCACUUGGAUGGGUUUCAAUGAAUGUUGUCAGCUUUCAACGUCACACUAUAACUUUCAUGAACUGUAACCCCUGACCUCAGACACCAUAUAGCCUCUGAGAUUCACAUAUAGCUAGCCAGAGCAGCAAACAACAGGCACCGCCGAUCCUUAACUUGAACCCUCGUCCGCUCGCUCAUUUUUCACAGCCGAUCUUACACUGAAGCUACCUGACAAGGCUGUGGUAGUGUAAUUGAGCUUCUCUAGGUACUGUUUUUGAAACCUCUCUCACCUGUGACCCCGUGUCCUGGUGAGUUAGGGAAGCUGGAUCUCCCCCACUGACCAGCUUAAAGAUCCAGCCAACCUGCCUUCUUAUUUCCCUUUUCCUUCCUUUCUAUAGUCUCGCCCUGCACUUUAACUUUUUACUCUUUUUGUUGGUUUGGGCCCUCCUUGCUUGCCUCCUUCCUUCCUCUAAGGUGUCUAAAUGGGAUGCAGGGACGACAAACAGCUCUGUACAUCAUAGCUUAUCUGCAGGUUAAUCUUCCAGAGUGUCUCAUGUGGAAAAACCUUCUCAGAUGUACCUACACUUGAGUUGUGACCUCACUUCCUCUCCCCCCAUCGGCCACAGCACAGGUGGUCCGGUUGAUCAUGCACUGUUUGCUUUGCUUUAUCCAAAAGCGAAACUAUUUAUAUCACUCAAAUGUAGAAUGUUCAUGUCUUUAUCAAGACGCACCUUGUACAGUACGGGAAAUGCAGAUAUAAUCACACACCACAAACCAACUUACACAGGUUUCUUGGUCAGAGUUAAAAACGUGAAGAUGGAAUGUAAAAUAUCCACACGCACUGUUGGUGUUUUCAUUGUUUUUAAUAAUAGACAGUAUUAUAACGUUAGACGAAGCAGUAAUGAACAAGACGCAUGAGCUGCAGAGAGCAGAAAACCCUUUUGCACUUUGGAUAUACACUAUACACACAAAACAAAGUGAGUGAGAGUGAAACAUCACUUUACAACAUGUCACAGUUUGCAAACCUCAACUUCAGUCACCUCAUUAGUUUGAAGUUGUCAGAACUCAGCUUCAGCUCAGAGCGGAUGGUAGCGUUGCUGUGAUGUUUUAAGAAAUUAUACUGGAAUUUUAAUUUGAUUUUUUUUUUCCCUUUUUAUCCUUUCCUCCAACCUGUGUGUAUGUUUGUGGACUUGCUUAGGAGAGACCCAUGCAUAACAGAUGGUGCUUUGUAUUGAGAGUAUAAAGUAGUGUGCUGCAUUAUUUCUUCAUUUGUUUAUGGAGAUGAGCUACAUUUCUGUUGCGUUUGUACAGCUAGCGCAUGGCUAUUUUCUGUUUUUAUUUUGUAAUUUAUUACGUGUUGUUUCUGGGAUGCAAACCUGUAUGUACACUGUAUGAGGCAUUUUGAGUGUGUGUGUGUGUGUGUGUGUGUGCGCAUGCAAGAGUUUUAAGUUAUUCCAUUAUUCAGCUCAGCUAAUACUCUUACAGUGUGUUUGUUCUUUCAAUUUGAUUAUCCCCUCUCACUCUCCUUCACUCCCCCCAGUCAUUUUCUCACUCUCUUUCCCUCUAACCUCUUUCAUUCCCUCAGUUUCUAUCUUUCCCUUGGCUCUACGUUCUUUGAAAUGUUACCCAUGGACAUCUUGCAAAUCCAGGGAGGUCCUUGUUCUGGGUGUGUGUGUGUGUGUGUGUGUGUGUGUGUGUGUGUGUGUGUGUGUGUGUGUGUGAUGGACAUGGGUGUGAAUGAUGGUGCCCUCUGAUUGUGCGUGCUGUUAUAUCUGUUUGUGUGUAGCAGUUUAUAUCAACACAAUGCCGGGCUUCUUUUGUUUUAUGUCUGUUUUGAGGUAAACAAGCGGAGAUAGCAACUCAUUUAAAGUUGAUUGUAACACAGAAAACUGAAGCUAAGAGUGAACAUGGGAAAUAAAAUGUGA